AUGAAGCACAACAAUGUGAUCCCGAAUAACCAUUUCCGCAAGGAAUGGCAGCUGCGCGUGCGCACGUGGUUCGAGCAGCCGAUGCGCAAGCGUCGUCGCCGUUCGGCGCGCGUGCUCAAGUACGCCAAGUCUGCUCCGCGCCCGAUCGACGGGCUUCUGCGCCCCAUCGUGCGCUGCCCGACGAACAAGUACAACAUGCACGUGCGUCUGGGCCGCGGCUUCUCGCUCGAGGAGCUCAAGGAGGCCGGCAUUGCCGUGCGCUACGCGCCCACCAUCGGCAUCGCUGUCGACCCACGCAGGAAGAACCGCUCCUUGGACGCCAUGCAGGAUAACGUCCAGAGGCUCAAGGAGUUCAAGACCAAGCUCAUAGUCUUCCCGAAGAAUCCCGCGAAGCCGAAGGAAGGCGAGGCCAAGAAGGAGGAGCUGGCCAUGGCCGCCCAACUGGAGGGUAAGCUCAUGCCCAUUCAGAAGACCACUGCUGAGAUUGAAGUCCGCCCUAUCACCAAUGAUGAUCGCGCCAAGACUGCGUAUAGGUCGCUGCGUAUCGAGAAAUCCAACAAGAAACUCGAGGGUAUCCGGAAGAAGCGCGCGGCUGAGAAGGCCGCCGAGAAGGCCGACAAAAGCGCAGCGAAGAAAUAG